AUGUGUUUGGAAAUACCAGAGAAAAAGGGCUACUAUGGCAUGUUCUUCAAUGAACUUGUAAUCAACAAAAAAAUUGCUAGUUCUCAAUUUGCUUCUAAUUUCCCAAAGCUCCUAGUCUCAGGUUACUGGAACGGACUUCCCGAUCACCCGAUGCAUAUAUUUGAAUACCUAGGAAGAGAAGUCCCGGAAGAAAAAUGGGAUAAUAGAAAAGUACGCGCAAUUAUCAAGUCAAGGCUCGAGGAGCUCCAUCUGUUAGGAAUUUCACACAAUGAUGUUAGGCCGGCCAACAUUCAUGUUUCUGUUUCAGGCAAAAUCUCUUUGAUAGAUUUUGGUCUCUCAGAUUGCACAAAUAAUGAAGAACACAAAAAGAAUGACUUUGAGACUCUUGAUUCCAUAUUGGGAGUAUAUGGUUCUAAUGAAAAUGAUCCUCAAGGCAAUCAGCAUGGUCAAGAAAAUGAAGUACUUCUUGACGAGGCCGACAAUGAUGAAAAUGAUGGAAGUGGUAGUAAUCCUUCCUCUGAAGCGGUUUUUGAUGAGAUGAGCACACAAUCGCUCGCUACAAGUACAACAACGGAAGUUAAUACGUCGAAGACGUCACAAAGAUAG